GCAGGCUGGUGAUGCAGAUGCCGUGGCUAGCCUGGAAGGAGCCGCCUUGGGGACAAAGAUACUUCUGAGGACCCCCGGAGGCCUCUUUCUUCCCGGUCCCUGGCUGGCCUCACCCUUAGAUGACGGUGCCAGAGGAGGGGAAGUGCAGUGCAGCGGACACAGAUGGUGGUCCAGAAUUCCACGUCAGGAAACAAAAAGGAAAGACACACCCGAGGCAAAGUCCCCAGCCCCACCCCCUGCUCAGAUAGACAGCCAUCAGCGUGGGACAGAGACCCAGGAGAGGCUCCUUUGCCACCUGUGUCCACACUGGGUGAGCCUGCAGCGCUAGGCAGGGCGCCACGGACACCUGGCAAGGAAACGCAGCGGCAGCAUCUGCCCGCGCAGCCUGUGGCGGGUGCUGGUGUCCAAGGGCGCGUGGGCCUUGCAAAGGGGCCCCAGCCAGCGUCCCCUGGCGCCAGAGCAGAGCUCUGCAAGGUACGACUUCCCGCGGCCUCCCAGGGCCACGUCUGGUUUUGAUGCCGUUUUGGGACGGCUGUGUGCCUCGCAGUUGUGCUCUGGGCCGAGUUUGUCUUCCUGACCCGUCACAGCAGCCUCAGCACUUUAAUCCCGUCCAACGUGGCAACAUCAAGGCACGUCCGUCAGGGGGACCUUUGGGCCCAGCAGGGCCAAGCAGCCUCCCAGCUGGAGCGCACAGAGGACGACCACGCGAACGUCCCCCUGGCCCAGAGUGGUCUCUGGAGCCGGCGCUGUCUCGGCAAAACAUCACCCACCAAGUUAUGUUCAUGCUGGUUUUUAAUUACAUUUGUUUUAUUUGAGGCUAUUCGGCUUUAUGGCGGAAUACAAGUCAGCAAGAGCUUGUGCCCAGUUUUAUUAAGCUGUUUGUACAGCCUAAGUGGCUAUUAAAUCAAAACC